AUGGUCCACUCGGACUCCAUGUCCCCCUCCUCCACCGGGACCUGGGAGAAGCUCUCCCGGAGGUGCGCUCGCCUACACCAGUCUGAGAGGAGAGAGACCAGGGAGAGAGCCCAGAGGAAGCUCCUGGACAAUAUACCAGACGCCCUGACCAACCUGGUGGGUCAGCAGAACGCUCGCUACGGAAUCAUCAAGAUUUUCAACGCUCUGCAGGAGGCCAGCGCCAACAAGCACCUGCUCUACGUGAUGAUGGAAAUGUUACUGAAGGAGUUGUGUCCAGAGCUCAGUACGUAG